AUGCAGGGUGACAUCGCAAGAUACAGCAUCACGGCGGCAUGUUACUCUGGGUUUCUGCUCUUUGGCUACGACCAAGGAGUGUUCGGCGGUCUUCUCAGCAACCGGCAUUUCCUCGAGACAUUCAACUACCCUAGUCCAACAAUACAGGGACAGAUAGUAGCCACAUACGAUAUUGGCUGUAUCAUAGGCACGCUAUUGUCUAUUUUUAUCGGUGACAAACUCGGUCGAAGACGUUGCAUUCUUGUCGGCUGUGUUAUUCUUAUUAUUGGUGGCAUUUUGCAGGCUUCUUCAUAUUCCCUUCCGCCCAUGAUCGUCGGGCGUGUCGUUGCAGGGAUUGGUAAUGGUAUGAAUACUAUUGCCAUUCCAAUCUGGCAAUGUGAGACUGCUAAGGCUCAUCAUCGGGGCAAACUGAUCGUCUUUCAGCUUGUUACAAAUACUUUCGGAAUUGUCAUUACCAAUUGGAUGAACUACGGCUUUACAUACAUCCCGAACCAUCCAGUCAGCUGGCGCUUUCCUCUUGCCUUCCAGUGUUUCUUUGCUAUCAUAGCCAUCGCUAUGGUGCUUGUAGCGCCAGAGUCACCGCGGUGGUUGGUGAUGCGAGACCGUGUGGAGGAGGCACAAAAAAUCCUCGCUCGACUUGCAGGGAAGCCAUCAAAUAAUACCGAAGUGAUGGACGAGAUUCAAUAUCUCGUAGCGACUGUUCUUCAUGAAGGUGAAGUACAGAAUUCUGUAUCAGUAAGAGAAGUGUUCAGCAGCCGGGAGCAAAUGACUAUCCGACGUAUCCUUCUUGGAGCGGGGACACCUUUUUUCCAGCAGAUGGGAGGGGUCAACGUAAUUGCUUACUAUCUGCCUGUUGUGCUCGUCAGGUCUUUCGGCAUGACGGAUCGAAUGGCGUUAGCUCUCUCCGCCUGUGAUUCUAUUUCGCUCAUGUUCUGGGGCGCGAUAACAGCCUUUCUCAUUGACCGCGUCGGUCGCCGGAGGCUUAUGCUUGGUGGCGUCGCCGCUAGCGGUAUCUGCUUCGCUCUUGUCGCAGUCGGCUUACGAUACGGUGGGCCAGGAAGUCCUAACAAAGGCAUGUCAAUCUUUGCCGUAGUAUUUAUUUUUAUGUACUACGUCUUUUAUGGCAUGUCUAUGCUAUCAAUCCCAUACAUGUACCCGGCGGAGAUCAACUCGCAGCGAAUGCGUAACAUCGGAACGUCAAUCGCAACGGCGGUGAAUUGGAUAUUCGUGUAUGUGGUUGUUGUUAUUACACCAACUGCCAUUGAGAAUAUUGGGUGGAAGUACUAUCUCAUCUAUGCGGUCUUCAACAUAAGUUUUGUUCCAGUUAUUUGGCGCUGGUACGUCGAAACUGCCAACCUAUCUCUGGAACAAGUCGAUCGUUUAUUCCGCAUCAAAUAUGAGGGUGGCAAGGGUAUAAGUUGGAAGGAAGCUACACGAUUAGCUGGCGUGGAAAAUCAAGAGGUAAUUGGGAGGAAGAUACAUGAUGUAGAACAUGCAGAGUUCGUGCAGAAUGCGGAACAGAAUUGA